UUUCAGAUACAAAGAGGGGUCAAUAAUAUUUAUCGAGAGUGGCUGAAAAUAACCAAAUUACCAUCUCAUCGCAAAAUGGAUGCAUGGAUCUUAUGACGCAAUAAUAUCAGUGUUACCAGUGAAAAGAGCGCGAUAUUCAGCUGUUGAAGACGCAACUAGUUCCUAUCUCCGGCAUCGCUUUAUGGAGACCAGGACAAAUUCUACAUUGAAGAAAUUUUAAGGGGUAGUCGAUGCCCCACGCGGCGCCCGCCAGCAUGUCGACCCCGCCCCGCCACCCGCACUUCUACACGGUCGAGGUCGGCGACACGCGCUUCACCAUACUCAAGCGUUACCAGAACUUGAAGCCGAUCGGCUCCGGCGCACAGGGAAUCGUAUGCGCGGCAUACGACACGGUGACGCAGCAGAACGUCGCCAUCAAGAAACUUUCGAGACCUUUCCAGAAUGUCACGCACGCUAAGCGCGCUUACCGCGAGUUCAAAUUGAUGAAACUCGUCAAUCACAAAAAUAUUAUAGGUCUUCUAAAUGCGUUCACGCCACAGAAGAGCCUCGAGGAGUUCCAGGAUGUCUACCUGGUGAUGGAGCUGAUGGACGCUAAUCUCUGCCAGGUCAUCCAGAUGGAUCUAGACCACGAGAGGAUGAGCUACCUGCUCUACCAGAUGCUGUGCGGCAUCAAGCACUUGCAUUUAGCUGGAAUCGUGCAUCGGGACCUGAAGCCGUCCAACAUCGUGGUGAAGAGCGACUGCACGCUCAAGAUCCUGGACUUCGGGCUGGCGCGCACGGCCGGCACCACCUUCAUGAUGACGCCCUACGUCGUCACGCGCUACUACCGCGCGCCCGAGGUGAUCCUCGGCAUGGGCUACACGGAGAACGUGGACAUCUGGUCGGUGGGCUGCAUCAUGGGGGAGAUGAUCCGCGGCGGCGUGCUGUUCCCCGGCACCGACCACAUCGACCAGUGGAACAAGAUCAUCGAGCAACUGGGCACGCCGUCGGCCGCGUUCAUGGCGCGGCUGCAGCCGACGGUGCGCAACUACGUGGAGAACCGGCCGCGCUACGCCGGCUACACGUUCGAGCGGCUCUUCCCCGACAUCCUCUUCCCCUCCGACAGCAACGAGCACAACCGCCUCAAGGCGUCGCAGGCGCGCGACCUGCUGUCGCGCAUGCUGGUCAUCGACCCCGAGCGGCGCAUCUCCGUGGACGAGGCGCUGCUGCACCCCUACAUCAACGUGUGGUACGACGAGGGGGAGGUCAACGCGCCGGCGCCGGCCGCGUACGACCACUCGGUGGACGAGCGCGAGCACACGGUGGAGCAGUGGAAGUACGAGAGCCCCGACCCGGCGACAUGUAAACGUAGCACGUGCAAGGACAAUAGCCGAGGCCGCCCGGCGCAUCCACCGCAGCGCGCGACGCGCCAGUGCUCCCACACAGACGCUCGCCGCGAGCGCCGUGGACUCGUGGCUCGUCUAUUGUAUUCUUCCUGUUCUUCUAGUAUAGCAGAUAGCUCGAUGGAGAAGCUCGGCAGCGAGCGGCCGCUGCCCGCCCUGCUCGCGCCACACGCGGCCGUCGCUUUACUUUUGUUCCAUAGAGAAUGCGCGGAAUGGCGGGAAAUGCAAUUGUCAAAAAUGUUUCAUCAUUUUCAAGUGCAUCAUAUUCGUAUAUAA